AUGGGGGGAUUGGGUAAAACUACAGUAGCUCAAAUGGUCUAUAAGGAUGACUCCAUCGUGAGAAACUUUGAUCUACGAGCUUGGGUAUGUGUCUCUGAUAAUUUUGAUAUCUAUAAGAUCUUAAGAGACACCGCAGAGUCCAUUACUGGAAACAAAUAUGAGAAUCCAUCGAAUGUCGACGUACUAGCGAACCAAGUCAAGGAAAUGUUGAUUGGUAAAAAAUAUCUGCUGGUGCUCGACGACUUGGGGAAUGAGGAUGUCGGAGAUUGGGAAAAACUGAAUAGUUACCUUGUCCAUGGCGGCAUGGGAAGCAAAAUACUAGUCACUACACGCAGUCAAAAGGUUGCAUCUGUUGUUGGUGGUAAAUCUCAUGAUCUUGAAAAGUUAUCAGAUGAUAUUUGUUGGUCCAUUAUAGAGGGAAAAAUACUAUGUCGAGGUGGCAAAGAAAAUGAAAAAUACUGGAAUUGA